AUGGCUACUGUCGACUCUCCGCGCUCUCCACCAGCCCUCGGCCCAGCAUUCAAGCAGGGGUCGCUCAGACUCGACUUUGACCUGCGGCCUACGACGACCGUCAACAUACUCGAGACUUACUCUCCUUUCCCAACCCUUGGCCACUCGAGAGACCCAUUUAACCUCGACACAUUCCUCCUCCAUCCUUCCGAUGUGCCAUGGGAGUUCCUCAACGGCUCCCCGUUCCCUGGCGAGGCCCUCCUCGUGAAUGACAACGACAAGCCUAAAAAGUCGGAUGCGCCAAACAACCGCAUGUCGAUGCUUCGGCGCCCCUCGCCACUAGCUUCGAACCCGCCAUUGAGCGCCACUGCCGAGGAGGAUGAAGACGACGACGACGACCAGUCGGAAGCCUCGACGCCAGGGCCUUCUCCUCCUCGGCGGCCCAUGUCUACGGCCGCUGGCGGCAAGAGUUUCCGCGCGUUCAUGGGUGCCAACAGAAAGAGCAGCAACCGUCUUCUUACCCCCGAGUCGGACACGCCCGAUACCGCACCAACAACGCCCGAGGAGGUGCCGUUCGAGGCGCCCCAACUCCAGCCACCUGACAGGCGGUCCAUGUACAGCCUGUCAGGAAGCUCAUCUGAGGACUCAUGCGACGGCCUGCAGACACCCACCAACUGGAACUCGUCGUCCACGGAUGUAACGGCGCGCCUUGCCGCUGCUCUCCAAGAAGACCAGCAGCGCCAGGAGGAUCAGCUGCAGCGCAAGAACAACCGCACGAGCUGGCGCGACUGGCUCGGCGGUCGUCGCACAUCGUUCCUCGGACUCCGCAGCGGAGAGGCUGGCACCACACUCCUCGAGUCGCCCCGUGCCAGCGUGAUCGACCUAAUCCCAGAGGAGGACGUCACUGGGCCGGCCAUACCCGAUAGCGAUCUUGCCCGCUCUGCACAACAACUGCGCCGCCUUUCGCUAAUCAAACUCGGUUCCUUGCGCCUGCCCUCGCCCCACCCCCUUGCGCCUGUGCUCGAGCGCCAGUCAGCCCACCUCCCGAACGAGGUUGCAUUCGCAAUCCCUUCCAGCAGACGCGUCUACCCACAGUCGGUGAACGUUGUUCGGCGGUCUGAGCCUCUCCCAGCACAGCCUGGGCUGCGCGUCGCCCUUGGUCUUCGUGACGUUAUCCAGCGCAUCGAUGCUGGCGAGCGUCCCACAGGGCUCCUCAACGUGCAGCGGAGAACGCCACACCGUGGGAGCCGUGCCCGGGGCGUGCGCGACUUUGUUGCCCGUCGGCCAUUUGAGGAGCGCAAUGUCGUCUACUACGCAGAUGACUAUGUCGAGGAGGUGUCAAUGGCACGUCCUGGCUUUGGCGUUUGGGACCUCGACUUCUCAGACUACAUUCUCGCGCUCGCCGACACGGAGGAGCGGCCGCCACGUAACUACACUGUGCGCCCGAAAUCGUCAGCGAGACAGCCACGAUCGUCGCUGUCGGCGGCGCCAGUGGUCAUGGUGACGACCGCUGAGAGUGCGAGACAGUCCCUUAAGCCGUUGCCUAAGGCGUCAGCACCAGCUCUGGCCGCAGCGCCCUCGCCUGCAACCAAGGCUUCCCCACCAGCUCGCGCGUCCGCGCCUCCUACGUCAUCGUUCCGCAAUGCGCGCCCCAAGCCGUCGACAUGGGACGACAGCUCAGACGACGAGGGCGACUCGGACUUGGUCCCUCCAGAAGGCCCUGCGCCCGCUCGUCCGCAGAUCACGCGCACCCAGACGGCACCUGCGGUUGCCACAGGCUCGGCUCGCUCCCGCCAGUCGCGCGUCAUUGACUCCAACACUGCCCUCGAGUUGGUUACUGCCAGCCGCGACCGCCGCCAUGAGGGCAACAUGAACCACGUCCAGCGCAAGGCCGUGACCGACCAGCGGCGCGUUAGCACCAUGAUCCUCGAGGAACAGGAGAAGCGGCGCACACAGUAUUCCAAGUCGGUUCACGACUUGAGGCGGCCCCAGCCGUCCAAGCGUGUCUCGUCAAUGACCUUAUCUGCCGACGCUCAUGUCGCCUCACUCAACAGGCGUGCGUCGAGCCAGACGCUUGCGGCGAAUGCUGCUUCCCAGCGCCCUUCGGCGGGGCACUCGAGCAAGCAGCGUACGCCGCCAGACACUCCUAACAAGAACCGCCCCGCUGCCUCUCUCCCGUCUUCGCCGCGCUUACAACCUGGAGACCGCCGUCGGGCCUUGUCGCACUACGAGCCAGCCGCCGAACGCCGCCAGUCCGCCAUGAACAACAGCAUGUAUGGCGGCGCAAUGGCACCGAUGGUGCCGAUGCACACCGGCAUGAUCCCCAUGCACACUGGCAUGUCGCCCAUGGCGCCCAUGCACACCGGCAUGAUGGCGCCUAUGCUCCACCCGCGCGCGUCGAUGGUGUUCCCGGUGCAGCCGAUGGCUCCUCUCCAACACGUAUACGCGACGCCGUUUGCGCCUCAGUUCGCGCACGGAAACACGCCACACAUGUACCUCCAGCCGCCUCCGCCAAACACUGGCCGUCGCCGCGAGCGCCCUGUCGCUUAA